GUGAUGUACGUGAUGUUGAAGACUAAAACAUGUAACCGUGUUCUCCUCGUUGCAAUAGAUGCUUACGCCUUUAUAACUUAUAUUUCAAGUAAAUAUUAGAUUUGUCUAGCCGUUGCGACCAUGAACCCUUCUAGAAGAAGCGAAAGUGAUUGGCAAGGUUUGGUGAACGAGUUCCUGGUGUGCAAGAGAAAGCUGGAGAGUAAAAAGGAGGCACUGCUGAUCUUAUCAAAAGAGCUGGACACCUGCCAGCAGGAACGGGAUCAGUUCAAACUGAUGGCAAACCAGCUUCGGGAGCGCCACCAAGGGCUGAAGAAAAAAUACAGAGAGCUCAUAGACGGUGACCCCUCUCUGCCACCUGAAAAAAGAAACCAAGUCAAUCUGGCCCAGUUGCUGAGAGACUCAAGAGAACAGAACAAACAGCUGUAUGAAGAAAUGAAGGAGCUGAAUCAACGUUUAGCAGAGGUGCAGGGUGAUAACAAGCUGCUGAGGAUGACCAUCGCAAAGCAGCGUCUAGGGGACGAGGAGGUAGGGGCGCGUCACUUUCCAGCCCAUGAGAGAGAAGAUCUUGUUCAGCAGUUAGAGAGAGCUCGAGAACAGAAUGAAGCGCUGGAACAGAGCUUAAAGGCAGCCACGGAUGAACUUCAGGAUGUAAGAGCAGAGCGUAAUGUGUACCAAGACAAAGCCCAGAGGCUAAAUGUGGAAAUUAACCACAUCCUGGGUAGCCAUGACAACCGCAUCCUGGAUAUAGAUGCUCUGUGUAUGGAGAACAGAUAUCUGCAUGAAAGGCUGAUGCAGCUUCAGGAGGAGGUCAGCCUCCUUAAAUCAAAUGUCAUGAAGUACAAGAGUGCUUUAGAGAGCAAGAAGAACUGCAAAGUGUAUGGCAAAGCAAACAGCACUGCUCUCACAGGUGUGCUCUCUGCCAAACAAGUACAAGAGCUGUUGCUGUCUGAAGAGAAUGGCUGCAGUCUUCCGGUCACUUCUCAGUCCAUCAGUGACCUGAAGUCUCUGGCCACUGCACUGCUGGAGACCAUUCACGAGAAAAAUAUGGUCAUUCAGCACCAGCGGCAAACCAACAAGAUCCUGGGAAACCGGGUUGCAGAACUGGAGAGGAAGUUAAAAACAUUGGAAGUAUCUGGGUUGUGGAGUCUGCCAGGCAUCACCUACAAUGUGUCUCUUGGAUUAGGGAGAAGGAAAGCAAUUAUUGUUCUAAGUGACUCCCAGCAUGUCCAAUCCACCACCGAACAGUCAGUACACUUAACACCAGAGUCAAUGGGAGAUGAAGAGAUUGUCACUGGAGAGGAGGUCACAGAAGACACCGCGCUCAGUACAGACUUUGAAGCUGUUGCAGUCGAGGUGAAUCAAACACAUGAUCAUUUUAACUCUUCGUAUUCUGUCUCACAGCCUCCACAAUGCGGUAAACCAGUCGAAAGCAUUCCGUCUCUGGAGACGACAGAGUGUAAAACUCUCGGCUGUUGUGACUCUCAGAACCCUGUAUGUCUCUCUGAGAUGGGGGCAGAAGAAUGUGAGUUUCAAGCAAGACAAUGUGAUGAAGAUCUGGUAAGCCGUAGACAUCAGCUCAUGCACACAGAAGAGCCUUUCAUAAAUUCAGAAGAGGAAGGUGUGGAAAAUGAUGUUUGUGUUCAUUCUGAGGAGGGCCUUGAUAUUCAAGAGCCAUUAGAGCGCAACCUGCCAUUGACAUCAGAAACUUGUGGCAAUUUUCACUCACUUUCUGAGUCUGUGCCGCGUACACCAGACCAGCAAAAAGAGCGAUCGGACAGUGAAGAAACCGAAUGUGCUUCCUCAAACUCAAGUCCUUCUCAGAAGCCGUCGGAACAGGAAUGAAUGGUGUUUUUUGUAUAUUUAAAGCUUCAUCAUUUAGAAGAAGUGUUUUAAACCGUUCAUAACAAAAACACUGCGGCAAAACAGUUUAAGAAGAAAUCCCCAAAGUCCAAAAGAAUAAUUCAUUAUUUAAAUGAAGGAAAAGCAGAAUAAAAAGUUGCAAAAAAUGAGCCUGAGGAAAGCUGAUAAAACCAGUGACAGGAUGAAUACUGAAAUGAACAACUUUAUUUCAAAGUAUAAGACCUGAAGAAACAAUAAAAUCACUUUCUGGUGGUUUUCAAUCAUCUGGGAUCAUCAAGAAAUCUUAGAAGCAGAGUCUUCAUUUGCAGCUAUGAUGAUAUUACCAGCGGAUAUAAAAAUAUUAUUUUUGUUACCUUAAGCUAUUAUUGUGAUAGCAUCCAUUUCAAACAUGCAUAUUUAUGUGUCUUGAUUGUAUUAAAUAUAUUUGUAAAUGCUUCAAAGGUGUAUUUUGUGGUAAAACUUCUACCUCCGUGCGGCUUCUUGUUCAUUUCUGAUAAAUCGCAACAAGAAACUUCUUCCAUGUACUCACUCUUAAAAAUAAAGGUGCUUCAUGAUGCUAUGGAAGAAACUUUGUUUCACAAAAGGUUCUUUGUGACCAAAAAAGAUUUUCUUCAGAUUAUAAAAAGUAAGAAAGAGAUGGUUCUUUUAAGAACCUUUGACUGAAUGUGGUUCUUUGUAAAACCCCAAAUGGUUCUUCUAUGACAUCGCUGUGAAGAACCUUGUAAGCACCUUUAUUCUUAAGAGAAUACUUUCUUUUUACACUGUAUGAUGGUUUCAACUAUUAUGAUUUGUCGCUUUUAAUUUAAGUCUUAUUUAUUAUAAUUUAUCUUGAUUGUAAUAGUGCUUAAUCUGUGAAUGUUGAUGUAAAUUCAGACUCUGUAGAUCUCUUUAUAAUGCACUGUAAUAUACGGCAAAGAUUAAAAAGAGUUUAGCAGCUGAAAGUUUAUUAUACAUUUGGUUGUGAUUCAUGAAAGUACUGCAUUGCAAUUCAACAGUUGCUUGCUUUGACACGUUCUGCUGCUGUGUUGUAUAGGGCGCUGUAUGAAAUGUAAUGUAUUUAGUUAUUUUCUUAGAUCAGCAAGUUCCCAAACUUUAAUGCGAGGGAGUCCUGUGCUAUGGAAAACAUAUUUGUUUACAUUGUUAGACAUUGAAAUGUUUGACUGGCUACUCGAUGUUGCACAUCAGUGUUUUAUUGAAAUAAACAUUCACGUUACAACCCUUACUGAUAGUAGCUGUUCAAGCAAU